AUCGCCAUUGCCAACAGUGGCUCCGCCCGAACUUCCCUUUCAUUACUUGUCUCUCGACCACAUCUUAAUCAGAGCAAAGCAUUCAAUUCAUUUGCAACUUGUGACCAGUAACUUUCUAUCACCGUAAGCUUUUGAAGCAUUCUUUUCCCUUUCCCGUAGAAAUUAAUCAAGAUUUGGCAAAACUUUUGAAAAGAAAAGGAUCCAUGAAAAUGAACAAAUACCAUUAUCUCAUGAUCAUUUUCUUUGUUACUUUCUCAGUACUUGUUUAUGCAAAUUCUCAAACCACUGUUGUAAAAGAAGAUGAGAAGACCAUCUUAUUGAAGCUCAAGAGCUAUUUGGGAAAUACAUCUGAUAUCCAACAGCGGUGGAAUCUCAGUUCAUCUCCUUGCACUUGGCCAGAGAUUUCUUGUUCUCGUGGUUUUAUCACAGGCAUAAAUCUCGAAUACCAGUACCUUGCUGCAAUCCCACCAAUCAUUUGUAAACUCAAAAAUCUCACACAUCUUAUACUUGCAUCAACCUUUUUAUCAGGAGCAUUUCCAACAGUUGUAUACAACUGCUCAAAGCUGAAAGUUCUUGAUAUUUCUUUUAACAAAUUCCAGGGACCAUUGCCUACGGACAUUCAUCGAAUGUCUAGGCUAACCGGCUUAAAUCUCCGUUCUAAUUUUUUCAAUGGUGCCAUUCCAGGAGCUGUUGGUCUGCUCUCAGAGUUGAAACAUCUGCAUCUUACUGGCAACGAUUUUGAAGGUUCAAUACCCCGGGAAAUCAGAAAUCUCUCAAACCUUGAGAUCUUAGAUGCAUCAAGCAUGGAGAAAUUUGAGCUUGCUACCAUUCCAAAUGAGCUAGGUAAGUUGAAGAAUUUGAGACAACUUGUGUUUAUGAGGUCAAAUUUGAUCGGAAAUAUCCCAGAAGCUAUUUCAAAUAUUUCCAGUCUUGAGUACAUGGAUAUGUCAGAAAACUAUCUGAAUGGAUCAAUUCCAGGAGUUGUUGGUCAGCUUUCAAAGUUGAGACGUCUGUUUCUUACAGGCAACAAUUUUGAAGGUUCAAUACCCCCAGAAAUCGGAAAUCUCUCAAACCUUGAGACUUUAGAUAUAUCAUUCAUGGGGAAAUUUGAGCUUGCUACCAUUCCAGAUGAGCUAGGAGAGUUGAAGAAUUUGAGAAACAUUAGGAUUGUAAAUUCAAAUUUGAUCGGAAACAUCCCAGAAGCAUUUUCAACUUUUUUCAGUCUUGUAUACAUGGAUCUGUCAAGAAACUAUCUGAAUGGAUCAAUUCCAGAUUGGCUUUUUCGUUUUGAAAAUUUGAGCGAUUUAAAUCUUGAACGCAAUCAACUUCAUGGCACCUUACCAAUUCCAAUUGGAGAGGCAAAGUUUUCUGCUCUAAAACUUUCUUGGAAUCAAUUAUCUGGAAAGAUCCCAUUAGAAUAUGAUAAGUAUUCUAACUAUGACUUCUCUGGUAAUUUUGAUCUAUGUACUUGUAACUCAAGCCACGCUACUAAAUACCUACCUUUAUGUACUAAUCAAAAGCACCACAAAGCAAAAAUCAAAGCCCCUGUAUUCGUCGUAGUUUUAGUAAUUAUUGUUCUAGUUUGUCUUUCGUGCUACAUUUUGAAGCAUUCAAAACUCUCUCUGUCCAAAUGUUCUUGGAAGAAGACACAGGAGAUCGAUGAAUGGGAGUUCAUUCCUUUUCGAAGUACUAACUUCACAAGAUCAGAAAUUCUACUGAAUCUAACAGAAGAGAACUUGAUUGGGAGUGGAGGAUCUGGAAACAUCUAUCGAAUUGGUGUUGAUGAAAAUAGAAGUCAUGUUGCUGUUAAAAGAAUAUGCAACCAAAGAAAAUUGGACAACAGUCGGAAGAAACAGUUUCUUGCAGAACUUCAAACAUUAAGUGGAGUUCGACAUGUCAACAUUGUUACGCUAAUUUGCUGCAUUUCAAAUGAAAACUCAAAAAUUCUACUGUAUGAGUACAUGGAAAAUCAAAGCUUAGACAAAUGGUUGCAUCCUAAGCAAGGACGUGAAUCAUUAGUCAUGAUCAGUCCAGCACAAAAUGUAGUCUUGAAAUGGGAUACAAGGCUGCGUAUUGCAAUUGGAGCAGCCCGUGGUCUUUGCUAUAUGCACAAUCAUUGCUCUCCUCCCAUUAUUCACCGAGACAUUAAAUCAAGUAACAUCCUACUGGAUAACGACUUGAACGCAAAGGUUGCAGACUUUGGACUGGCGAAAGUCCUCGCCAAGUGUGGAGAUACUGAGACUGCUUCUGCGGUUGCUGGCACUUUUGGUUACAUGGCUCCAGAGUAUGCUUAUACAGCUAAAGUAAGUAUGAAGAGCGACGUUUAUAGCUUUGGUGUUGUGCUGUUGGAGCUAGUUACCGGAAGAGAACCUGUUCAUAGAGAUGAGGCGAUCAACCUUGCACAGCGGGCGUGGAAACACGUUGAAGAAGAAGAACUUAUUGAAGAUGCUCUGGAUGAAGAAAUCAAGGGACCAGCAAAUUUGAAAGCAAUGAGUGAAGUGUUUAAAUUAGGGCUCAUGUGUACUAACAAGGUCGCUUCCACUAGACCUUCAAUGAAGGAGGUAGUGCAAGUUCUUCUACUCAUAGCUACUAAUCGUCCUUCAUAAAAUUCUACUAGUCGUAUCAUUGUUGGAAUAUAUACUAUUAACCAUGAAUUUUGGUUUGGAUGUAGUAUUUAUUAUGGAACAAUUGGUUAUUUAAUCUUGAUAUAAUUAUUAUUA